GUUUGAUAAGUAUAAUCUUAGUAUUAGUUAUACUUCUCAAUAUGGCAGAUGUACCAGGUGAAGCACCAGAACAUUGUCCUGGAACAAAGAGUGAACAGGCUGGUAAAGCAUCUGCUUGUGCAGGAUGUCCAAACCAAAGAUUAUGUGCAUCAGGUGCAACAAAACAAGCAGAUCCUGGUAUAGAAUUGGUUAAAGAAAGAUUGUCUAAUGUCAAACACAAAAUCUUGAUUUUGUCUGGUAAAGGUGGAGUUGGUAAAAGCACAGUAACUUCAUUGGUAUCUAGAGUCCUCGCUGAUAGUAAUCCAGAUAAAAAUAUUGCUGUAUUGGACAUUGAUAUCUGUGGUCCAUCACAACCAAGAAUUUUAGGAGUACUUGGAGAACAAAUACACCAAAGUGGUUCUGGCUGGUCUCCUGUGUAUAUUGAAGAUAAUUUAUCGUUAAUGUCCAUUGGAUUUUUACUGGGUAGUCCAAGUGAUGCAGUAAUAUGGAGAGGUCCUAAAAAAAAUGGUAUGAUACGACAAUUUUUAUCAGAAGUUGAUUGGGGCAACUUAGAUUAUCUUAUUCUGGAUACACCACCUGGUACCUCAGACGAACAUUUGUCUGUGACUACGUAUUUAAAAGGUGCCGGUAUUACUGGUGCAAUUGUUAUCACUACACCUCAACAAGUCGCACUAUUGGAUGUCAGAAAAGAAAUAGAUUUUUGUAACAAAGUAAAUAUUCCAAUACUAGGCGUAAUUGAAAAUAUGAGUUUAUUCGUAUGUCCUAAGUGCAAGAAUUCUGCUGAAAUAUUUCCAGCAUUAACAGGCGGUGGUCGUGCUAUGGCUGCUGAUUUGAAUAUCGAUUUCUUAGGAUCAUUACCAUUAGAUCCUUUAAUAGCAAGAUGUUGCGACGAGGGAAAAAACUUUUUAACAGACAUUCCAGAAUCACCGACAAUCCUAGUUUUAAAGGAUAUAGUUAAAAAAAUCAUACAUAAAUGUGAAAACGAAAAAGACAACAACGUUAUUGACAAAACCUAAUAGAUUUCUAUUAGGCUAUAAAUAUUUAUAGAAAUCAAAUAUCAAAUGUAUAUUUUAUUAAAUAAUGUUAAUGUACAAAUUAAA